GAAGUGGAGAGGCACACAAGAAGCGGAGCGCAAGCCAGCCGGGCGGACAGUUGGAGAGCGGGCGGGGAGGAUCGUUGGCUUGUCGCGGCCGUCGUUUUGUGAUAGACUUUGUGUGUGUAUUAGGGAGGGGGAGGAAAAAAAAAGGGCCACCGUGGGGGGAUAACAAAGAGUUUUGACCCGCAGCUCUUCUCAGUUUGUUGUUUUGUUUGAUUAAUCGGGCCAGUCAGACACCUGGAGCAGCUGCUGCCCUCGGCCCGGACAUGGUGGACUAUCACGAAGCCAACUCGCAGUUGCAGCAGCCCAACCAUGGCGACUACAUGCAGCCCGAGGAGGAUUGGGACCGCGAUCUGCUGCUCGACCCGGCCUGGGAGCGACAGCAACGGAAGACCUUUACAGCAUGGUGCAACUCGCAUUUGCGGAAGGCAGGAACACAAAUUGAAGUAAUUGAAGAAGAUUUUAGGGAUGGCCUAAAACUUAUGUUGCUUUUGGAGGUGAUAUCAGGAGAGCGUUUACCGAAACCAGAGCGUGGGAAAAUGAGGGUGCACAAAAUAAAUAACGUCAACAAGGCAUUGGAUUUUAUUGCAUCCAAAGGUGUGAAGCUGGUUUCCAUUGGAGCAGAAGAAAUUGUGGAUGGUAAUGUUAAGAUGACCCUGGGUAUGAUCUGGACAAUCAUCCUUCGUUUUGCUAUUCAAGACAUAUCUGUUGAAGAAACAUCUGCCAAGGAGGGAUUGCUGCUGUGGUGCCAGAGGAAGACUGCGCCAUACAAGAAUGUGAAUGUGCAGAACUUCCACAUCAGUUGGAAAGAUGGUCUGGCAUUCAACGCCCUCAUUCAUAGACACAGACCAGAACUUAUUGAUUACGAUAAGUUGAGGAAGGAUGAUCCUCUCACAAACCUGAACAAUGCCUUUGAAGUGGCAGAGAAAUAUUUAGAUAUACCCAAGAUGUUGGAUGCAGAAGACAUUGUGAACACUGCCCGCCCUGAUGAGAAGGCUAUUAUGACCUAUGUCUCCUGCUUCUACCAUGCCUUUUCAGGAGCACAGAAGGCUGAGACUGCAGCCAAUAGGAUCUGCAAAGUUCUGGCAGUUAAUCAAGAGAAUGAACAUCUUAUGGAAGAUUAUGAAAAGUUGGCGAGUGAUUUAUUGGAAUGGAUUCGCCAAACCAAACCCUGGCUUGAGAACAGAGAACCUGAGAAAACAAUGCAAGCUAUGCAACAAAAACUAGAAGACUUCCGCGAUUACCGGCGUGUCCACAAACCUCCCAAAGUACAAGAGAAGUGCCAGCUUGAGAUCAACUUCAACACCCUCCAGACCAAACUCCGCCUCAGCAAUCGGCCAGCAUUCAUGCCCUCUGAAGGGAAAAUGGUCUCGGACAUUAACAAUGCAUGGCAAGGUCUGGAACAGCUUGAAAAGGGUUAUGAGGAAUGGCUACUGAAUGAGAUCAGGACUGAAAGACUUGAUCAUUUGGCAGAAAAAUUCAGACAGAAAGCCACCAUCCAUGAAGAUUGGACCAAAGAUAAAGAAGCAAUGUUGACACAGAAAGACUAUGAAACUGCUGCACUGGCUGACAUCAAAGCCUUGCUCAAGAAACACGAAGCAUUUGAGAGUGAUCUGGCAGCACACCAAGACAGAGUGGAGCAGAUCGCUGCCAUCGCACAAGAGCUCAAUGAUCUGGAUUAUUAUGACUCUCCCAAUGUAAAUGCUCGCUGCCAGAGUAUUUGUGACCAUUGGGACACUCUGGGCUCUUUAACACAGAACAGGAGGGAUGCCUUGGAGAGGACUGAAAAGCUGCAGGAAACAAUUGAUCAGUUAUAUCUGGAAUAUGCUAAAAGAGCUGCACCUUUCAACAACUGGAUGGAGGGUGCAAUGGAAGACCUGCAAGAUAUGUUUAUUGUCCAUACUACUGAGGAGAUUCAGGGUCUCAUUGCAGCACAUGAACAAUUCAAAGCAACAUUGCCGGAUGCUGAUAAAGAGCGAGAAGCAAUUCUGGGCAUCCACAACGAAAUGAUGAAAAUUGCUCAGUCUUACGAUAUUAAACUCUCUGGUGUAAAUCCAUACACCUCCAUUACCUCACAGAGCAUAAAUGAUAAAUGGAAUAAGGUUCAGCAAUUGGUGCCAGCUCGAGACCAGGCCUUGCAAGCAGAAUUUAACAAGCAACAGUCCAAUGAAAACCUGCGCGAGCAGUUUGCAAAUAAGGCCAAUGUUGUUGGUCCCUGGAUUCAGACUAAGAUGCAGGAAAUUGGACGGAUUUCCAUUGAAAUGCAUGGUACACUGGAAGACCAGUUAAAUCAACUGAAGCAGUAUGAGAACAGUAUCAUCAAUUAUAAACCCAAUAUUGACAAGUUAGAGCAGGACCAUCAACUCAUCCAGGAGGCCCUCAUCUUUGACAACAAGCAUACCAACUACACCAUGGAGCACAUCCGAGUUGGCUGGGAACAGCUGCUGACAACAAUUGCCAGAACUAUUAAUGAAGUAGAAAACCAAAUCCUCACCCGUGAUGCAAAAGGCAUUAGCCAGGACCAGCUCAAUGAAUUUCGAUCAUCAUUUAAUCACUUUGACAAGGACCAUAGCGGGAAACUGGGACCUGAAGAGUUUAAAGCCUGCCUUAUCAGCUUGGGCUACGAUGUUGGAAAUGACCAGCAGGGUGAAGCUGAGUUUGCACGUAUAAUGGGUGUUGUUGCCCCAAACAACACUGAGGAAGUAUCAUUCCAAGCCUUCAUUGACUUCAUGUCACAGGAGACAACAGACACAGAUACAGCUGAACAAGUCAUGGCCUCCUUCAAGAUUUUGGCAGGGGACAAGAGUUACAUCACAGCAGAGGAGCUACGACGGGAGCUUCCUCCAGAUCAAGCUGAAUACUGUAUUGCCCGAAUGGCUCCAUACAGAGGACCUGAUGCAGUGCCUGGCGCUCUGGAUUACAUGUCUUUCUCCACAGCUCUGUAUGGUGAAAGUGAUCUGUAAUCUGAUCACCUUUUUUUCCAUAGCCAGCCCACUUUUUUUUACUCCCCCGGAGCAUGCGCGCGCAUUCUCUCCUCCACCACCUGCACACGCCAGUGCUAUAAGCAGUGUUCUGGAGUUGGCAUAUACAUUUACCAAGGAACCUUCUUGCUGUACAUUCCAUUAUGUGUCUUAUCUUAUGACUUUGUUAGUCUUAAAUCUAUGCAAAUUUCCAUUUUGCGUUUCUAUAUUGGGGUGCAAAACUGUAAACUUUUUUCUGUACAUUCUGCACAGUUACACCAUUUAGAGCACAUCAGCUGUUCAUAAGUGCCACAGGAACUAUAUGAAUCAGUCUCAUGGGAAUUUGGAGGUUUUGAUGUUAAAUUCUAAAAAUUCCAUAGGAAACUGGCUCCUUUGUAUUUUUCCAAAUGUACUUGAUACUGUAAAACUAAAUAUUUUUGUAUUAUAAAUAUUUAGUAUUCCUUUCACUUCCUGUUUCCCUUCCCCUCCCCCACUCUCGCCCCCACUCCAAAUCAAGGUGUGAUAAAGAUGUGCUGCUUCAAUGAAUUUUCUCUCUGCAGCCAAUAUGUAGAAUAAUUUGCACCUGGUGGGCCACGUAUGAAUAGCACAAAUGUAUUUUUAUCAAUAAGGUAUUUAGUUCUACAGUGCAGUAUAUGCUUAAAGGAGGUUGGGUUACCUGGCAACAUUUUAACUGAAAAUCAUGGCUGAUUUUUUUUUUUGCAAUUUCUUUUCUCCUUUAAUUCAGUGUUCCAACGUAGCCCAUACUGCCCUUGCUGUACGGAAUCUAAGUUUAGGCUUUAGGAGUGUUCGGACAGGUCUGGUGACCAUGCUGAAGAGGCAGCCCUUUUCUAAAAUGCAGGGGAAAAUAAAUAGCUGGCAGUGGGUAUUAAGACAGUAAUGUGGCUGAGUUUCCGAUGGCUUCCUAAAUAAUCCAUGGGACCAGUGUGGUUUCAGAGGGUUUAGAGCCCCAAGGGUGAUUUGCUGUUCCAGUAUAAUUGCCAGUUAUUUAUUAUGAAUAGCUUAUUGAAAUAAUGUUUGGCUUUACUUACUGUUGUGCAGUGAACUCAUUAAGAGCAGAUGAGGCAGUGUUGAAAUAUAACAGGGAUUGAGGUAGGAUCUGGAGUGUUUUGCUACCACAUUAUUUACUGGGGUAGAAUGAGUGAUUAAGGCAAUAAACCACAGGUGGUAUUACAAUACCCUCCUCCUUUACCCAGUGAAGCCGCUGCAUCAUGUAAAGCAGAUUCUCAUUGGGAAAACUGAAUCAUUAACAUGAAUUGAUUAUGGAAAAGCAAGGGAGAUGGGUAUAAAAUCACUAAAGUUCUGACCAAAUCCAUUGGGUCUUUAAUCCUAAAUCAUGAAAUUAUGAUGAUCUUCAAUGAACACAAUCAGCAAUGCAGACUGCAUGCUCAAGAAUGAAUUUGGAUGCAAACUUGAGAUAUGCGUACCAGAAGCACAUCAUAAGUGUCAGCUGUUAAUUGGCAGAGGGGUUUAAGUGCUGUAAUUAACAUGGAGAUGAACUGGGACUGUCCCAGUUACGUAUCUUGACAUUUUCAGUUAUGCAGUGCUUGAAGCUAUGGUACAACCAUAACUGGCUGUGGUGAUCUAUAACUUCACCUCAAAAUUAAAAUUCUGCGUCAGGAGAGAAUGUUCCCCCCAUUUAAAUAGUUACACCAAGGGCAAAAUAGGUUAUUAUUUUUGAGGUAGGAAAAAUAUUUAUCUCUCCAUAUUUAAUCUUCUUCAUGUACAUACUGCAGUGAUCUUUAAUUUGAAUGACUGUCUUUUUAAAUAUUAAAAAAAACAAAGCUGGGCUUUUUCUGUGAAGGUACUGUGUUUUUUUUUUGCAGAAAGAAGUCCUGGGAGAGGGUGGGAAAAGGUGGAAAUGGGGGCUUUUGUGGGUUUUGUUUUAAUUUUUUGAUUCUCCUUGCUCCUGGGACCUAGAUGUUGAAUUAUUGUUGCUGUGAGAUAUAGGCUGGCCUUGAGGGAGUAUAACUGCAGUUCUUGGUGGUGAUGGAGGGCUUUUGCUAUUUACAUUAAUAUGGGGACUUGCUACUACAAUAUCUAUAUCAUCUGAUGGACUGUAAUUACUGCUUGAUUUUUAAAGAGGAAAUAAAUUGAACAUUCUCUGAAGAAAACAUUCCAGUGGACAAAUGAGAUUUUCUGGAAUAUUAGAAGUUUUGUGAACACUUCUUUCCCCUCUCUAGCCUACUUGCCAUGAUUGAAGUAUGAUAAGUGAGGGCUGCCUUUCUACAUUUGAUCUAAGGGUGUUUUCAGUGGGACUCUGCUACCUUAGCCCUAUUAGACGAAAUAAAUCAUCACUAUUUUUGAGAAA